AUGCUCCUUAUUUGCAAUCGUUGCAGGCUAGAAGGCGAAGAGGUCGAACUCCAACCCCUGGGAGGUCGCCGCCGUUCUUUGAGCUCCUCCCCUCGUCGCUCUCCUAGUUAUUCUCCUUACAGAAGAAGCUACAGCCGGUCGCCAUAUUCUUCAGAUCGCAGCAGGAGCCAUUCUUACUCUCCGUAUCACAGCCAGCGGAGCAGGAGGAGGUCCUAUUCGCCUUAUGACCGACACAGAUGCUAUUCUCCAUAUGACCGACGACGCAGAUCGUAUUCCCCUUACAGCAGGUCACCUGUGAGGAGGCGUGAUAGAUCAUACUCUCCUUAUGACUCACCUGAUGAUCGCUACUACAGACGGCACCGUUACAGGUCCAUUUCCCCAAGUGCCUCCCCAAGGCCAAGGAGGGGCUCUAGGAGGUAUUCUCGCAGUGUCUCUCCUGUGAAGAGGAGGAGCUCAAGAAGGAGCUAUUCUCGGAGUCUGUCCCCUAGGCCAAGGAGGAGUGCACGAAGAAGGGGCUAUUCACCAAGUCUUUCCCCAAGACCAAGGAGGAGUUCACGAAGGAGCUAUUCUCGCAGCAUUUCUCCCAGGCCAAGAGGCAGCAGGAGAGGUGGCUCUUCUAAGCGUUAUAGAAGCUACUCAAGAAGUCCGAGUGUGAGUGCAAGUUCAAGAUCAGUAUCGAGGUCUCUUACUCCCAGAUCAGCUUCUCCUUGA